AUGGUUGGCAGUCUCAAUGAGUGGGACGUAAUGCCGGUGGAAUAUGAUGAUGAAAGCAGGCUAUCAGUGGCUGUAUUUAUGGACUGUGGCUAAGGAAAAACAGCAGCAACAGCAACAAGAGCAGAUGAAGCGAGCCAAGGAGAAAGGAAGGAAAGAAGACGGAAGCCAAUGGCCUCGCUUCCACCCUCUCCGCAAGCCCUGAUUGAUACCCGUGGUGCAUGCCAACGUGAAAGCACUCUCAACCGAGCGGCUUUCAUCAUCCCUGCAGGAAAUGCACAUAUAAUGAGGAAGGCAAUGUCCUCUGCCCCUUUCUCCAGUCGUUUUGGUCAAGAAUCUGUCCGGAUCGAUGAUGACAUUAAUAGAAGGACUGAAUUGAUGAUAUAUCACCCAUUUCGAUCUGAUCCGAUUCCAUCCGAUCCGAUGCCUCCUACCUUUGAUCAUUUAUCAAAUGAGCGCCGUUCUUUUGAUCAUAUUUCACUGUGUGUCACCAACAGAGGGUCAUAUAUGUCACAACAGGAUCGCAGAUAUUCCUAUGACUAG